UCGCUGGCCAAGAAGCUGCUAGAUGAGAACCUGCGAGGUCUCAAACUAGAGCCUCCGAUGUGUACAGGAUUUAACAUCCUGCACAGUCCACACGGUUGUUUUUCUCUCACCAUACCCAUCAUUUCCUUUCCCUGCCGUGUUCCCUGCUACAGACUAUAGCAGUGGCCUCUACGGCUCCCUUAUGGCACACAAACUUCCUCUCAGCGACGUGACCGAGGGUGCAGUGCAGAUUGACUGGGCCUCACGUCCUGAGGUCGACGACGGCGAGGAUGAAAAUUCCAACAAAACGCAAAAUCUCAGAGAGCUGCCGCUUCACAUGGGACUGAAGAAAGCUAUACGGCAGGUGCAGCAGAUGCGAAUCCCCGUUGUGUCUAGUUGGGGAUCCUGGCGUUUCCGUCACUCCAAGUCCUUUCGGCGUUUUCGUGAGGACCUGUCGAGCGUUUUAUCCUUCGUCCAGCUCUGGAGGAGGCCCAUGCACCAGAUCAGAGGACAUUUUGGAGGAGGCGUCCAGUCGUAUUUCUUGUUCUUGAGGUUCCUUGUUGUUCUAAACUUCCUGUCCUUCCUGUUGAUGGCCGGUUUCGUGAUCAUCCCCAGCAUCGUUUUCCACUCGGUCAGCUCCAGCGGUCUUGUACUCAUUUCCGCCAUCAACCUUUCAGGUAAAAGCUGCUAUUUAUUUUUUUAUUUGUUUAUUUAUUAAUCUAAGUCCACUCAGUUUUGUUUCUUUCUAUUCAAUUUAAGAAACUUUAAUUAUACCAUAAGCAGUAACUUUUGGUCCUGUCUCCGCCGCUGUACCAUCAUUGGUCCGUUUCUGAUUGUAUUUUCCUUUUCUGUUUCUUUUUUUUUAACUCCUCAUGAAGUCUUUAUUGUGCAUCUGCCUCGUUACGUCCAAGCCUUAGUUUCCUGUGGCCCUGCCCCCGAACCCUGCUACGGAUACCGACAAUGGUUCCUGGUUAGCCCUUAUUAAAUAUCACACCGCUUUUACACAGCCAAACAGUUACACCAACGGUGAAGCAAGGGAGUGGUAGCAUCAUGUCAAGCAUUAUCCUUGCUUCCCUGACUAAUGCCUCCUCUUUACCUGACUGUUAUUUUUAUAAUCUGGAACUUACAUUUCAGUUAGUAGGCACGACUUACACAGCGACUUAGAAUUGACCUCCCAACCUUCUGAUCAGGCACCACUGUCUGACUUUUGUUGCCAGCGGUUUAGACAUUAAUGGCUGUGUGUUGAGUUAUUUUGAGGGGACAGCAAAUUUACACUGUUAAACAAGCUGUACACUCACUACUUUACAUUGUAGCAAAGUGUCAUUUCUUCAGUGUUGUCACAUGAAAAGAUAUAAUCAAAUAUUUACA